GCUUUGAGGGAGUGGUAUGAACGAAAGCAAACACAAACUAAUCCGAACUCACUUUUCUCCUGUCUGUUGGCCUGACUGCUUCUCUUGUGCUAUCAUUACCAUUACGCAGAAUAAUUACAUCAGCUGCAGCCACUUCCAGGCAUCGAUCUGUAACUCGAAUCAAUCCUCUGGAGACGCAGGGGGAUGAAAUGGUGAUCUAUGGUGGUGUGUGAGGGGAAAAACCUGACUUUCAGGCACCAUAGGAGUUCCAGUCUGUAGAAAUGGUGGGACAGUUCCUGGUAUAGCUGCAUCUCUUCCUGCAAGCGCAGCUUUCUAAGUGCUCUAAUGAGAUAGUGGGCAAGGGAAAAAAAGUCCAUGGGAUGCUGCAUGUGAGAAACGGGAAUAUGAAGAUGUGCGGCGUACGUGUAACGAGUUUCUAAUUAAAGACACGGCGAUGUAAGCCCUCGAGGGACGACUCCUUCCGUCUGAGAGCCUCAAUAAAUUGGCGAGAAUCGGCGGCGAAUGUUUCGAGACGUUCAAGACGAGCGACGAGCUUUUCCACUGGAGUUUGCUCAAGUCUCGGAAACAUCAGAAGGGAGUCUGACCACUCAAACUUCCCACGCUUGAGCACGUUAAAGGACGAUUCGCUUUCAAGGAUAGCGCUCCCUCUCUCUCUUUCUCGUUUUGCGAGCCUUGCGUGGGGUUAUAUAGGCACCGGACGCUCAAUCGCCUCAGGCUGUGUCGACUGAGGGACAGAAACGCGGCGAUACCAGCGUCCUCAGAUCCAGGACUUGGCCAGUGCGGGACUUGGGCGCACUCUGGUUGCGGGAGCGAUGCGCGCCCUGCGGGCUCCAGUUCUAGUAAUGGGGCUCGUCAUGUUAAUCUGCACUACCGCACAAAGCGACGCCAGCGUGAACGAGGUCGAGAAAACGUUCAGACGGAUAAUGGACAUCAUGAGACUGGUGGGAAACAGCGCUGACGACGGGAGCGCACAAAAUAAAGAGAGCGCGGCUAAGGACACCCAUCGUCUCAAAACGGAAAGCGGGGAAACAAUUUUAAAAAUCUUUCCCAGAGAUCUUAGAAAGAAAGAAAAGGUGAUCAGAAUCUUAACAGGUCCUCUUUAUUUCAGUCCAAAAUGCAGGAAGCACGUCUACAGGCUUUAUCAUAACACCAGAGACUGCACCAUCCCUGCAUACUACAAAAGAUGCGCGCGACUUCUGACGCGACUGGCGGGGAGUCCGAGAUGUCAAGAGGGUUAACUUUACCAGGUUGAAGCCAAACCAGAGUGACCCAGAGAAAAUGAAAAAAACAGCAGUCAAAGUGCCUUUGGACAAGAGAAGAGAAUUUAAACCAACACGCAACAUUCCACAUAAUCAGCACAUCGCGUCCAGAACACUGCUCUGUCUCUCCGGAGAAUAGAUGUGGGAAAGAAUUGAUAGAGCAGUAAACGGACACAGUAUAAUGGGAUGCACUUGCCCAAAGACGUCUGAUGGACUCAGCAUGGAGCCAACGGUAAAAUACAGGACGAUAGAGAAAGAAAACAGAAAACGCAUCUGGCGUGUUGGGUUGUGAACCACUGCCAAAAAACAAAACCAUUUUUCCACCACUUUAUCAUGACAAAAGGGAUUGCCAUGGUUUUUGCGUUUCGUUCUCAUCACAUCAGACUCGUCACAGUCAGUGCUGAUGUUUCGUGCGACAUGCCUCGAUGGGGUUACAAAUCAGAGCCGUGACGACAAAUUGUGCUAGUUCGCCGCAACGAGAGAGCUUCGCUUUUCUCUGUGCUAGAACUGAAAACCAGUUAACUGCAUGAACGUUUCCUUUCGCUUCUGUUUGCCAGCAAACAGGUAGUUUUUUGCAGUAAAUCCGUGAAAAGCUUAUUGUUUUUUAUGUGUGAGACUCUGAGUGUAUGACUGUGGAAUAUAUUCAGUAUAUUUUGAUAUGUAAAUGUUGUACAAACGAGACUAAAAAAUCCCUAUAACAAACAUGUAAGCGUCUGGCGUACGAUGGGAUGUGUAUAUUUAAAAGGAAAUAUAUUUAAAUAAAUUAUGAUUGUUUAAACACUCUGGUCUUUAAUGUUACAAAAAUAGACUGAAAAAAUUAAAGGUUAACCUUCUGCAGCAUAAAACAUAUCUUUAUCUAGUUUAACAGCUUAUCUUGGCAUCAGAAAAUGUAGUUUUUAGGGAGUUUAAGAUCUCUUAUCACUUAUGGUGGA